CCUAGUGUUUCUAUUAUCUAACAUGAAACUCCUUUUGUUCUUGUAGGCUCGUUCAAUGCACUGUCCACGAUGUUCCGCUUAGCGCAGCGUCUAGGCGGCCGUAGAAGAGUGGCCGGACAAUAUUACCUGGCUGGUUACUACUGUACAAUCAGCAGGGAAGUACAAUCGACAGAUCCCUACUUUGGACUGCUGAAGUCGGCCACCGACGCUAAGGAGGUGCUAGAAUUUCUACCUACCGUGACCCGGAGCAAGCAGGAACGCCAUGCGUACACUCUACCAGCUCUGAAAACACUGUUCGAGUUGCAAAAAUGUGGCAAAAGUACAUUAAAGCCAGGACAGAUCGCACAGCAUCCGCGUUUUUCUGAACUUUGCCGAGCGGUGCGGCAAGAGUCUCGGUCCUUCCAGAUGAACGACAUUACCGAAUGUUUGAAAAUACUCACAUACUUCGGAGUGCACACGAACAGUGAAAUUAUGACCGUACUGUUGCAACUUAUUCGUCACCAAAUCAACGAUGUAACGCUGGACCAUAUUGUGUUUCUGAACUUUCUCCUGAAAAAACUCGAUCGCACACCGUUGGUCGAGGCACUGCAGAUCGCGCUUCCAAUGUUGCUGCAAAUUCAAAUCGGUUACAAGCUGGACCACGAGAACGUCGAUCAACUGGUGGCACUGCUGGAAUUCGUUGCCCUGAACAAGGUGAACGAUCGAACGAUUAUGAACAUUGUCAGUGCGUUAACGCUGCACGGUACUAACUUAUCGCCCGAACAUGCUAUUCACAGUUUGAAAGCAUUGGCCACCUUUCCCAACUUUCUACCACAGUACACUAAGCUGCUGCAGAACGUGUUCACUGUUUUGGCCGAAGACCUUGAUGUGGUACCCUUCAAGACCUUGGACUACGCCCUGAAAAAGGUGUUUGAUAAAAGUUUUGACCAAUUUCCCAUGUUUUACCACGAGCCGUUCCUCAAGCGGUGCGGCCAGUAUGCGAUCGAAAACAAUGUGGGACUUUUAAACGCACUUUAUGUGCUGAAAAAGUUUAAUAAAAUCUCCUUCCUACACAUCCCACUGCUGGAUUACAUUGCCAGCCAGGAGGGCAACGUAUCGCUCUUACCUCCGACCUGUAUCAUUACGAUCGUCGGUGGGUUUUCGAACGCCAACUACGCGCCAGCCAACUGGGACGGUUUGCGGCAAGAAAUCGCACGUAACUCGACCCUCACAGGCUCCGCUAUUCCGUGGAUACGCUACAACCUAGAACUGCUGUCGCUGGGAAUCUUCAACGCAGAGCUGCUGACACACUGGUUGGAACCAAAGCAGCUGGAAGCAAGAAUGGCCCGCAAUGUGCUAGUUGAUUAUUUGCAGCUGACUGAGUUGGGUCAAACGCUGCAGCUACAGUACGGUUCCCAAUAUCACGGCCCGUAUCCGGCGGAGCAUUUCGUUGACAAAUCGGUAACGGUGAUGCUACAAAAUAAUGAACACCCAUUGCUGCAACCGCUGGCGUUUGCUUUCGGCGGCGAAGAGUUCGUCAGCACGCAGGUCGUAACUAUGUUUGGCCACGUACUUGAUUACGUACUCUCUUUUGAUGAUGCGGGAAAUCCGAUUCAAAGACCGCCCGACCCGCCCGAAGGAGAUUAUCGACGGUUGGAGGACCUCACGGAGCAGAGUGGUGCUCGGCUUGUUUCGAUAAUGUACCUGCCUCGAAGCUGCUACGCUAUGAACGUGAACCGGUUACGAGGGCGUUUUACCCUUUUCGUGAAAAACAUCGAAGCUAUGGGCUUACCGACGGUUACCAUUUCACCUCAUAUAUGGACCAACCUGCCAGAGUCGGAGCGGAUAGCUUUCCUGCAGCGAGAAGUACGACAGAAACUAGAGUCACACCGAUAGUUGGCACACAUUGCAUGUGUGCUAAGUGUCACGAAACAUGGUACAAUUUCGGAAUGUUUCGAUAAAGAAAAUAU